UCCCUACAUAUGAUGUUACAUGCAACUCUUCUACAUAUUUCCAUAAGCCAAUUGUUAUCUUAUUUUUUUUGAAGUAAGUUGAGGUUUGAAACCUAGGAAGUUGGAAGUGAUGGCAGGAACAUUGAUGGCAGCUACAACAAGCUCUGGCACUGUUCUUAAGCCAACCCCUUUCCUUGGCCAAGGCAAGGGUGCCAAUGCCAACCCUCUUAGGGAUGUUGUCUCCAUGGGAACUGGGAAAUACACCAUGGGGAAUGAAUUGUGGUAUGGACCAGACAGAGUGAAGUACUUGGGACCCUUUUCAGCUCAGACCCCUUCAUACUUGAAAGGAGAAUUUCCAGGGGAUUAUGGAUGGGACACUGCUGGCUUAUCUGCUGACCCAGAAGCAUUUGCCAAGAACAGGGCUCUUGAGGUGAUCCAUGGGCGUUGGGCCAUGCUUGGAGCACUAGGAUGCAUCACCCCAGAAGUCCUUGAGAAGUGGGUGAGAGUGGACUUCAAGGAGCCAGUGUGGUUCAAAGCUGGAGCCCAAAUAUUCUCAGAAGGUGGGCUUGACUACUUGGGGAACCCAAACCUUGUCCAUGCACAAAGCAUCCUGGCGGUGCUGGGCUUCCAAGUUGUUCUGAUGGGCCUUGUUGAAGGGUUCCGCAUCAAUGGGCUUGAUGGAGUGGGAGAGGGCAACAACCUCUACCCUGGGGGCCAGUACUUUGACCCACUGGGCCUUGCUGAUGACCCUGCCACUUUUGCUGAGCUAAAAGUCAAGGAGAUCAAGAAUGGAAGGUUGGCCAUGUUCUCUAUGUUUGGUUUCUUUGUUCAGGCCAUUGUCACCGGAAAAGGCCCAUUGGAGAAUCUUUUGGACCACCUUGACAACCCUGUGGCCAACAAUGCUUGGGUCUAUGCCACUAAGUUUGUGCCCGGUUCUUAAAUGUAUCCAUAAUCCAUCCCUUGUUGUGAUUUAUGUGUAGAUUAUGAUCAUAAUAAUUGUCGGAUUAGUGUACUUCUUAAGGACUAAGGUUCAUUUUAAACCUGGGAUAUCCCAUGUUUGUUGAUCUAGUUUUGUCUAAAGCAACCUAUGGGAAUUUUAUGUUAA